AUGGACCGUAUCACUCCAGAUUAUGUUUUACAAUUGGCAGAAGCCACUCAAAGCUUCCUCUGCCCCCUUUCUGCAAAUGUUUACAAUAUAGAAUUCGUAUACUUCAAAGUUCGAGAUCUGGAAUCAGGUAUGGUUCUUUUUGAGGUCCAAAAUGACAAUGAAGCUCCAGCAGAACCAAUUGAAGAAGAUGACUCAGUGAGGACGAUUAAAUAUCAUUUAGGGCCUGAUUUUCUUAGGCUCCGAGCAUUGGGUAGUACAAUUGACUUCACAGUAGGUAGCAGAGAGGUAAGAAACUUCCGAAUGAUUGAAAGACACUACUUUAGGAAUACCCUGCUGAAGAAUUUUGAUUUCACUUUAGAUUUCUGCAUCCCAAAUACCAGGAACUCAUGGGAAGUGAUAUACGAAAUCCCUGAGCUGCCUGAAGAUCUUAUGCAACAAAUGGUAGACAACCCUUGGGAAACCAGAUCUGAUAGUUUUUAUUUUGUCGGGGAUCAACUCAUAAUGCAUAACAAGGCUGAAUAUAAUUAUUCACCACUAAUCUAA